GGCUUGGCGCUGGCUUUCAGCGGGGGAGGGUUUAGCUAGACAGUUUAGCAGGGGCGAUUAUUCCCGGAUUAAAAGUAGGCAGGAACUGUGGGUGGAAGGCUGAAACACUGUUCUCGAAGUUUUGGCGCAACUUUAUUUUCAAGGAUUCGACAACACACCUCCCUGGAGAGGUUUUUCAACCCAUGGAAUACAUAAAUGAAGCGAAACUAGGCGUCAGGCCUGUGACCAACUAGCUAACUGUUAGUUUAGCUAACGUUGCUUUCCACAUCUCGCUAUCCACUAGGUGUUGCCAUCGUGCGUGACUAACUUCGUUAGCUUAGCUACUAGUAGCUUUAUUGUGUUGUGGAUUGAUACAGACCCGGUUAGUUUUACUGCAAAUUUGUCUUAUUUUUCAAAACUUUUAGAAAGUUAUUGCUAACUAGUUAUCCGAGAGCAACAUUCUCUAUCCUUCGCUGAAAUCAAAGUUGAGCAGUGUGUGUUUUGGACAAAGUGAUUGCGCUAGCCAAGCUAAUUUGACAGGCGUUUGUUUUUUUGUUGAUCAAACGUCAAAUAGCGGUCACCCAAGCGUCCAGGCAACUGUCAUCCGCUCAGAAGAAAGGGAUCACCGACCGGAGCGAACCUUUUUCCACACCCAACCCACCAGGACCCCCUGUAGUCUGCGGCUGGCACCAGAAGGAGCUGGUCACACGGCACUGCCUGCCCAAUGGAGGAACAUGACAACAUGGAUUAUUUUUACCAGCAGGUCCUGCAGAAAGACGUUACCCGCAGGCUGCAGAUCGGGCAGGACCUCAUAGACUACCUGAACGACCCGCAGAGGUCCUCCGAUGUGGAGCAAGACAAACCACGGCUGGAUAAAACUGUAGAUGAGCUGACGGGAUGGGUCAACUCCAGCAACUACAAGGUGGCGUUGUUGGGGAUAGACAUUGCCGGUGCGUUUGUCGAUCGCUUGGGGGAGCGCUUCAGAGGAUACCUGGGAACAGUGGUCCCUGCGUUAGUGGACCGGUUGGGGGACAGUAAGGACCAGGUCAGAGAACAGAGUCAGACUGUCAUCCUCCGCUGUAUGGAAGUCACAGCAUCGCCUAUGUAUGUGUGGGAGAGGUUGCUUCCUGGUUUUAAACAUAAGAACUUCCGCAGCAGAGAGGGGGUGUGUCUGGUUCUCUGCGCCACCCUCAACACGUAUGGUGCUCAGCCUUUGAGUCUCAGUAAGAUCGUUCCGUACCUCUGCACUCUGACAGGAGAUCAGAACCCACAGGUGCGUGAGGCUGCCACAGCAUCGCUGGUGGAUGUGUAUCGCCACAUAGGAGAGAGAGUCAGAGCCGACCUGGGAAAGAGAGGCCUGCCUGCCACACGGUUACAGACAAUAUACGGGCGUUUUGAUGAAGCGUUGAAUUCUGGGAACAUGGCGCUCAGCCCCAGUCACGACCAUAGUUUUGAGGAUGAUGUGGACAGUACGGAUGGGAAUCGUGCUCAGGCUGCCUUCAAAGUCCCCAAAAUCCCCAAGAAGCCGGCAGAGUCCUCUACUGCACGCAGACCCAGCGCAACAGGACCCAAGAUCGGAGGUGCGUCUAAGGAUGGAGCUGGGGGCAUCGAUGAGGAAGACUUCAUCAAAGCCUUCACUGACGUCCCCACAGUACAGAUCUACUCGUCUCGUGACCUGGAGGAUAACCUGAAUAAGAUCAGAGAGAUCUGUUCUGAUGACAAACAUGACUGGGACCAGAGAGCUGCCGCAAUGAAGAAGAUCCGCUCGCUGAUUGUUGCCGGGGCAACGGAGCACGAGUGUUUCUACCAACACCUGAGGCUGUUGGACGGAGCGUUCAAACUGUCAGCUAAAGACCUCCGAUCACAGGUGGUACGAGAGGCCUGCAUCACUGUGGCGCACCUGUCGACAGUGUUGGGUAAUAAGUUUGACCAUGGGGCUGAGGGGAUUCUUCCUGUCCUGUUCAACCUCAUCCCUAACUGUGCCAAGGUUAUGGCCACUUCAGGGGUGUCUGCUAUACGCUUCAUCAUACGGCACACACACGUCCCCAGACUCAUUCCCCUGAUCACCAGUAACUGCACCUGCAAGUCUGUGGCCGUCAGAAGGAAAUGUUUUGACUUCUUGGACCUGCUGCUGCAGGAGUGGCAGACCCAGACUCUGGAGAGACAUACAGCAGUGAUGGUAGCGAGCAUUAAGAAGGGGAUUGCAGAUGCCGACGCAGAGGCCAGAGUAGAGGCCCGCAAGGCCUACUGGGGUCUGAGGAACCAUUUUCCGGGAGAGGCGGACUCUCUGUUCAACUCGUUAGAACCGUCCUAUCAGAGGAGCCUCCAGUCGUCUCUCAGGAAUGCCGGGAGCGUGGCGUCUCUUCCUCAAAGCGACCGCUCCUCUUCCUCUUCACAGGAGAGCCUCAAUCGUCCUCUGUCGUCUAAAUGGUCAGCUGCUCCUGGUAGAGUCCCGGCUGGUCAUAAGGGUGGGGCGUCGCCAGGCUCCCUGCAGCGUUCCCGUAGCGAUGUGGAUGUUAAUGCAGCAACGGUUGCUAAGCAGCGGCACAUCGGGCAGGUGGGGGCAGGGAGACUGACCCCCGGCUCCUACUCGUCAUUGGGUCGUCUGAGGACCAAACAGCCUCUCACCACAGCAACCAGCAUCAGCCAGGUGGACUCCCGGGGACGCACCCGCACCAAGAUGGUGUCCCAGUCACAACCCGGCAGUCGGAGUGGUUCCCCGGGCCGCGUCCUGACCAGUACCGCUCUGAGUACGCUGGGUUCUGGAGCCCAGAGGGUCCUAGCUGGGGCCGGAGGGAGACGUAGCCGCAUCCCCCGCAGCCAGGGCUGCUCACGAGACUCCUCCCCUACACGCCUGUCUGUCGCUCCCUCCAGUAUUAGUUCCAUCUACAACGGCGCAAGCAGAGGAGCUCGGGGCAGUCGUAUCCCCCGACCCAGUAUGAGUCAGGGCUGCAGCAGGGAGGCCAGCAGAGAGAGCAGCAGAGACACCAGCCCUGUACGCUCCUUUACACCCCUGGCGUCGCGGCACUACUCUCGCUCCACUGGAGCUCUCCAUACCGCCGACGCUUUAGGGGCCGCAGGGUCAGGGUACAGCAUCAGUCAGUCCAGUCGUCUGUCCUCAUCCGUCAGCGCCAUGAGAAUCCUCAACACAGGAUCUGAUGUAGAAGAGGCCCUCGCUGAUGCCCUGAAGAAGCCAGCGCGGCGGCGCUAUGAGAACUAUGGGAUGUAUUCGGAUGAUGAUGCUAACAGUGAUGCGUCCAGCGCCUGCUCAGAGCGCUCCUACAGCUCCAGGAACGGAGGAGCCAUCCCUACGUACAUGAGACAGACUGAGGAUGUGGCCGAGGUGUUGAACCGCUGUGCCAGUGCCAACUGGUCGGAGAGGAAGGAGGGGCUGCUGGGUCUACAGGCUCUACUGAAGAACCAACGCACCCUCAGUCGUGUGGAGUUGAAGAGGUUGUGUGAGAUCUUCACCAGGAUGUUUGCAGACCCCCAUAGUAAGCGAGAAUCCGGAUCUAGGGUCUAUGGAACGGCAGAAUCCGGUAUAAGCUCAGCCUCCUUCAAGGUGUUCAGUAUGUUCUUAGAGACCCUAGUGGAUUUUGUCCUGGUGCAUAGAGAAGACCUGCAGGACUGGCUGUUCGUCCUGCUCACCCAGCUGCUGAAGAAGAUGGGAGCUGACCUACUGGGAUCAGUACAGGCCAAGGUCCAGAGAGCACUGGACAUCACACGAGAGUCUUUCCCCAACGACCUCCAGUUCACUAUCCUCAUGAGGUUCACUGUGGACCAGACUCAGACACCAAACCUCAAGGUGAAGGUGGCUGUUCUGAAGUACAUUGAGACCUUGGCCCUGCAGAUGGAGCCUCAGGACUUUGUGAACUCCAGUGAGACGCGCCUGGCUGUGUCUCGCAUCAUCACCUGGACCACAGAGCCCAAGAGCUCCGACGUCAGGAAGGCUGCCCAGUCGGUGUUGAUCUCGUUGUUCCAGUUGAACACCCCAGAGUUCACCAUGCUGCUGGCAGCUCUGCCCAAGACCUUCCAGGAUGGCGCCACCAAACUGCUACAGAACCACCUGAGGAACACAGGCAAUGCUGCACAGGCCCCGACAGGAAGCCCUCUGACACGCCACACCCCCCGCUCUCCUGCCAGCUGGUCCAGCCCCCUCACCUCUCCUAGCAACACAUCACAGAACACAUCCUCACCCAGUGCAUUUGACUACGACACAGAGAACAUGAACUCAGAGGACAUCUACAGUAGUCUGAGAGGAGUGACGGAGGCCAUCCAGAACUUCUCCGUCCGCAGCCAGGAAGACAUGAAUGAACCGGUCAGACGGAGGGAAGGAGAGGAGGGUGGUAGUGCUGGUGCUGACCAGAUGGAUGUAGGUCGUACAGCUCUGGACAACAAGACGUCUCUCCUCAACACCCCCCUGCUCUCCUCUUCUCCCCGGGUGUCCCGUGACCCCUUCACUGACUCCCCCUUCAAACACAGCGUCAUAGAUACUUCACUAGACGAAUCAGACCAGCAAACUGACGACAGCAGCAUUGACCAAUCGGAGCUGGUGUCUGAGCUGCUGAAGGAGCUGUCCAAUCACAAUGAGCGUGUGGAGGAGAGGAAGGCAGCGCUUUGUGAGCUCUUGAAGCUGAUUCGAGAAAACACCCUGCAGGUCUCCUGGGAUGAACACUUCAAAACCAUCCUCCUGUUACUACUGGAGACGCUGGGGGACAGAGAGCAUGUGAUCAGGGCGUUAGCUCUGCGUGUUCUGAGGGAGAUUCUGAGCCGCCAGCCCUGGAGGUUUAAGAACUACGCUGAACUCACCAUCAUGAAGGCCCUGGAGGCGCACAAGGACCCACACAAAGAGGUGGUGCGAGCGGCAGAGGAGACUGCCGCCAUGCUGGCGUCGUCCAUCAGUCCAGACCAGUGUAUCAAGGUGUUGUGUCCUAUCAUCCAGUCAGCUGACUACCCCAUCAACCUGGCUGCCAUCAAGAUGCAGACUAAAGUUAUAGAGAAGGUCCCCCAUGAAGGACUAGUCAGCAUGCUGCCUGAGAUAGUCCCCGGACUCAUACAGGGUUAUGACAACUCUGAGAGCAGUGUGAGGAAGGCCUGUGUAUUCUGUCUGGUGGCCCUCUACGCAGUCAUAGGGGAGGAGCUAAAACCUCACCUCAACCAACUGUCUGGCAGCAAAUUGAAGUUGUUGAAUCUGUACAUCAAGCGUGCCCAGUCCGGCUCCAGUGGUGGUGAGCCGCCAGCAGACAGCCUAUAGAACAGAUGAACAGCCCACGGGACAACUAUGGAGCUGCACUCUCCCUCUGGAGACUUUUAACACAGACACACAAGGACACACUCUUACAUGGAUGCACAAACACAUACAUGCUUACAUGAACACACACGUGCACUUACUUACACGCUUACAUGAACACACAUACGCUUAUACGUACAUCUGCUUACACAUAAACAUGCUGAUAAGAAGGCUCUGACACACACACACACUGUCCUGGACCCCCCCCCCUCCUGUUACCUCCAAGUCGCCUACUGCAGGGCACUCUGCAAUGCACUCUGGGAGGAGAGGAGUGUUGUAGUUCCCCUCACUGACGUUGAAGAUCCAACCUGCUCUCUGAGAUUCACCCCUGACGUCGACACACCUCGCCCUCUGACCCCGAUCUCACUCUGAAGCCUCAACGCUAACGGUUUUAACUUUGGUUUAACUUCCUGAUUCUAGUAGAAUAGGGGAGGGGCCGGAACAGCAGCAUGAUGUAGCCACACCCCAGGCAGGACAAAUAGAUAGAGGGAGGGAAGCGGGUAGAGGAGCAUGUAUGUGUGUGAGAGGAGGGGGGUGUAUAUCUGUGGUCAGUCAGCCUGUCCGUUAUAGUGGUUGAGUGGGUUUUAGCCCCUGAAACUGAAGGCAAAUCUGAAAUGGCACCCUAAACCCUACGUAGUAGACUACUUUUGGCCAGAGCUACAUAGUGCCACCACAUACAGCUCUGGUCAAACUAUAGGGAGUAGGGUGCAAUUUCGUCUCAAAGCAUUCUCUGUCCGUCGAAUGGUGAUAGUUCCACCCUGUGGCAGUGGGAACAUGGUACGACCUUCCCUGCACAGCACUAAUGCUCAUAAGCGGGUCACAGUAGAUCAUAACUGCUCUUAGCAGCUACGUAGGCAGUGAGUGUGAGGUAUAGGAGGCAUAAUGUGCUUGGCUAUGCAUGACGAUGAUUUUAACAAGAUCUUUUUAUCCGGAGCCUAUUAACUGUCACAGUAGAAGGGAGGGGGUGAAAUUAAAGUUAAUGAUGUCCACCCCUUUCAGAGAAGUCCAUGGUACCUUCCACUGCUCCCCGCCAUGUCUUGGAUGAGCUCAUUUCAGACAGAAAGAGGGGGAGAGGCUUAUAUACAUCAAACUAUGACCAGACAUGGCUUAUUAUUAUUAAUAUUAUUAUUAUCACCUAGUGGAUAUGUAACUAUACAUGAUAUUAUAAAAAAUGGAAUAAUAUCCGAUAAUGACGUCAUUUAGGAGAGUCCCUGAAGGACGUGUGCGCUCUGCGUCCUGAUCUAUUUUAUUUUCUGUUGCGCGUUCCGUAGUCUCUCUCACGUUAGUUUCCCCACCGGGGAGACAUGUAUUAUUUACUGAUCAGAAACUGUUGAGUCACCUUUCGCCCCCUCCUUCUCUUCUUUUUCCUUUCCUCGCUUCUGCUUCCUCUUGUUGUCAUUCUCUCCCUCUUCUUGUGACAUUCUAGUCUUCACUGUGUUUCCCUCAGUGCAUUUACAAAGCUGUGCUUACAAUAAAAUGAAAAAUAAAGAAAACUUGUACAGACCAU